AUGCGUACCUACGACGACACCUUCUCGGGACAGAGGAUUUACCCUGGCAAGGGCAAAAUCUACGUCCGCGGCGACAGCAAAGUGUUCCGAUUCCAGAACGGCAAGUCGGAGUCGCUCUUCCUGCAACGAAAGAACCCCCGCCGCAUCGCAUGGACCGUCCUGUACCGCCGACAGCACCGCAAGGGCAUUUCUGAGGAAGUCGCCAAGAAGCGCACCCGCCGAACCGUCAAGGCCCAGCGCGCCAUUGUCGGCGCCUCGCUCGAUGUGAUCAAGGAGCGCCGCGCGAUGCGGCCCGAGGCCCGGUCGGCCGCCCGCGCCCAGGCCAUCAAGGAGAGCAAGGAGAAGAAGCAGGCUGCCGCGGCGGCCAAGAAGGCCGAGAAGGCCAAGACGGCGGCCCAGGCGUCCAAGGGCCAGACGCAGCGCAACGUCAGCAAGCAGGGCGCCAAGGGCGCGCCUGUCAAGGUCGCCGCGCGGACCCGCUAA